AUGCCUACCCUCGAGUCCUACAACGGCUACUACCUCUGGCACUAUGUGCCCAGUCUGGUCGCCGCCAUCAUCUUCGAGGUCCUCUUCGUCCUCGCGACGCUCUUCCACGCGUACAAGAUUGCCAGGACAAAGACGUGGUUCUGCAUCGUCUUUGUGAUAGGCGGUAUCCUCGAAAUCAUCGGAUAUGCAGGCAGAGCCAUUGCACGCGACCGCACCGGCGAAGUCGGACCCUACGUAAUGCAAUCCCUCACGAUCCUCAUCGCGCCUGCCCUCUUCGCGGCAUCCGUCUACAUGACCCUCGGCCGCAUCAUCCGCAGUGUCCACGGCGAGUCCCUGUCGGUGGUCCGCAUCAACUGGCUCACCCGCAUCUUCGUCACCGGCGACUGCUUCUCGUUCCUCGUCCAGGCCAGCGGUGGCGGUCUCAUGGUCAAGAACGGCAGCCAAAAGAUGGGACAGAACCUUAUUGUCGCCGGCCUUGUCAUACAGAUUGUGCUCUUCGCCAUCUUCUGGGUCACCGCCAUCGUCUUCCACUCGCGCCUCGCAAAGAACCCUACCCAGGCGUCCCUGGCGGGCCACUCGCCUUGGAAGUCGGGCCUGUGGAUGCUCUACAUUGUCAGCGCGUGCAUCAUGGUCCGAUCCAUCUUCCGUCUCAUCGAGUACGUCCUCGGCGGCGACGGAUACCCGCUCCGUCACGAGUGGACCCUGUACGUCUUCGACGCCACGCUCAUGUUCUUCGUCAUGGUGGCCUUCGGGUUCCGGUUCCCUUCGGCGUUCCAGAUCCGCAAGGGCGGUUCGCAGUCGGCUUCGGAUGUGGAGAACUAUGACUUGGCGGUGGAGAGUGAGCAGCACCAGCCCGGCUCUAUGCGCAAGACCAUGCGAUAG